AUGGUGAAACGACCCCAAUGUUGGGCUUGCCGUGAAAAGCGUAUCCGCUGUGGCUCUGAAACUCCUACUUGCGUCAAAUGCUCAGUCAAAGGCAUUCAAUGUCCCGGUUACAGCAGAACGAGGCCCCUACGAUGGAUGAGGCCGUUCAAUCCCGAGUCUCAAUAUCAUCUGCGUGGGAAACAUAACAGUCAGUACCUACUCCAAACAAAGAAAUCAGGCGGUUAUCCUUCUAACCACGUCAGUCUGUCAGGCAAUUCUGGAAGCAGUGUUCCUGUUGCAUUGCGGCCUGCUGGACUGGAUCUUCAUGACCUGGUAAUAGCCGAAGAGAUUAUGUACUAUAAUGAGCGUAUAGCUCCAGAUUUGGUGCCGACAGAUAACCCGGCAAACCCGUUCCGGUGGGACAUUUCUGAGUCCCUCCAAGCACCGCUUUACUUGAGGCAUGCGUUUGCUGCCAUCAGCAUCUUUCAUCGGAUUGUUCAGCGUCGUUGGGAUCUCAGUCGCCUUGUCGUACGGCCCGGAUCGAGUACGCGGAGCGUGACGCCCACUGUAACAAGUGCAUUAUCAACGCGGGAAUCGGGCGAACUAGCAAGAGCGGGCAGUGAUCAGCUUGAUGCAGAAGAACGGAGGUUCUACAGCUAUUAUGCUUCCGCCAUCAGAAGUGUGAAUGAUGCACUGUCAAGAACUUCAAGGAGUCUAGACUAUAGCAUUCUCGGCGGUGUUAUGAUGUUAUUGUAUUCUCAGUUACAACAAGGGGCGUAUGGCCAAUGGCGAACACAUCUGGAGGGAGUCAAAGCACUCAUUGACUCAUUUGGUGGCUCGAAGAUUCUAGUACUGAACGAUGAAGAAGAGUGCAUGCUGGUUUCCAACAUACUUUUGGUCGAUAUCAUGGCGACGACCACAUGCCCGGUGGCCUCCAUGCCCCCGGAUACGGCGGAAAGACACCAAUCGUACCAUCGGAUCCUAUCUUUGCUGAAUCGGAAAGGUAUACAAUCUUCCUUCUACAUACCAGCCAACCUCAUCAAGAUUAUCGUUGAGGUCAACCUGAUUAGAGCAAAGUCAAUCUCAACCAAGGUCUUUGGAGACGCGGUGGAAUGUCCUGUGGAUUACAAGAUCUCGGAAGUACUGUCAAAAUUGAACCAUUACACUCCGCUUGACGGCAGCACAAGCCAUCGCAGCAAUCCAACGUAUAUUGAUUCGAGACCUGAGAAUGACCCGGCUCUAUCUCAUCCUGAAGGUCAGGGAUGUCCAGAAAUUCGGGAUAGAUUGUUGCUGGAAGCAAGAAGUUACGCCCACUGUGCUCAAUGCUUCCGUGCAGCCAUAAAAAUAUACGCGGUAGAGACGUAUUUAGCUGCGGAGCUGGCGGGUGGAUGCGAGAACUGCUGCGACGCCGGACCAAUCCUGCAGUCAUCAAGUACUCGUGACAGGAUGAUAGGUGCUCGGCAAAUCGCGUACCAUGAGCUGAUGGAAUCCCUCAAGUUUCUUCUCGGCGCAAAGCGACGCCAGGAACAUGGGGUUCACUAUUGGAAAUUUGUUUUCUGGCCACUCGCUAUUGCGGGCGUGCAGAGUGUCAUAGUGCACCGCAAUGGUCCUGAUUUUGCGUUUAUCCACGGCCAGUUACUCGAGAUGACGGCAGAUCUGGGGACUAUGGGUAUGAGAGAUGCUGCCUUUCUUCUUGAAAAGUUAUGGACGGCGUCAACAGCCGACACCACUACUAUGACAUGGGAUGAGGUUUUCAAAGAUGCACCGCUCUUCUUGCUAUAA